UAAAUCGCUUUCUCCACAAGUUCCUUUCACGAUGAUCUCGUUCAACAGACCCAAUUUUCUGCUACUCUCAUUGGCAGAAACAAGCUUUGGGUGUUUUAAAGUUGGGUCGAGGGGAGAGAAAAAUAGGUGUUGUGAUGGAAAGCACAUUGAAGGAGAUGACCAAUGGUGAUUCAGUGCUUGAUAUGGAUGAUAAAUCUGGUGUCGGUGGUGGUGUUGAGGACAUGUACGGUGAGGAUAGAGUCACUGAGGAUCAGGCUGUCACCCCUUGGACCGUCUCUGUUGCUAGUGGGUAUAGCUUGUUGCGUGACCCUCACCACAACAAAGGGCUUGCCUUCACCGAGAAAGAGAGAGAUGCUCUUUACUUGCGCGGGCUUCUGCCCCCAGUUGUCCUCUCCCAAGAACUUCAGGAGAGAAAGCUGAUGCAUAAUCUCCGCCAAUAUAAAGUUCCGCUGCAAAGAUACAUGGCCAUGAUGGAUCUUCAGGAGAGGAAUGAGAGGCUAUUUUACAAGCUUCUCAUUGAUAAUGUUGAGGAACUGCUUCCAGUUGUGUAUACUCCAACAGUUGGAGAGGCUUGCCAGAAAUAUGGGAGCAUUUUUCGCCGUCCGCAGGGCCUUUACAUUAGCUUGAAAGAGAAGGGGAAGAUUCUUGAAGUGCUGAAAAAUUGGCCUGAGAAGAGUAUUCAAGUUAUUGUUGUAACUGAUGGUGAGCGUAUAUUAGGGCUUGGAGAUCUUGGCUGCCAGGGAAUGGGGAUUCCUGUUGGAAAACUCUCUCUGUAUACUGCACUUGGCGGAGUUCGUCCUUCAGUGUGCUUGCCUGUAACCAUUGAUGUUGGCACAAACAAUGAGAAGUUGUUGAAUGAUGAGUUCUACAUUGGGCUCAGGCAAAAGAGGGCGACUGGGCAGGAAUAUACGGAGCUUCUAGAGGAGUUCAUGUGUGCAGUUAAGCAGAACUACGGAGAGAAAGUCCUUGUGCAGUUUGAGGAUUUUGCAAACCACAAUGCCUUUGAGCUGCUGGCGAAAUAUCGCACAACACAUCUUGUGUUUAAUGAUGACAUACAGGGAACAGCAUCUGUGGUUCUAGCAGGGCUUGUUGCCGCUCUGAAAUUAGUUGGCGGAACCUUGGCUGACCAUACAUUCCUAUUCCUAGGUGCUGGGGAGGCUGGAACUGGUAUAGCAGAGCUUAUAGCUCUUGAGAUAUCAAAAAAGACAAAUGCACCACUAGAAGAGAUCCGCAAGAAGAUUUGGCUUGUGGAUUCAAAGGGAUUGAUUGUUAGUUCUCGUAAGGACUCUCUUCAACACUUUAAGAAGCCCUGGGCUCACGAGCAUGAGCCUGUUAAGGAACUUUUAGAUGCUGUCAAGGCAAUCAAGCCAACAGUAUUAAUAGGAACAUCAGGUGUUGGAAGAACAUUUACAAAGGAUGUGGUUGAGGCCAUGGCAUCCUUCAAUGAGAAACCUCUCAUUCUUGCUCUCUCCAACCCAACCUCACAAGCUGAGUGUACUGCCGAAGAAGCUUAUACAUGGAGCGAGGGUCGUGCAAUCUUUGCUAGUGGAAGUCCAUUUGACCCUGUUGAACAGAAUGGGCACAUUUUUGUGCCUGGCCAGGCAAACAAUGCUUACAUAUUCCCCGGAUUUGGAUUGGGUUUGAUCAUGUCUGGCACAAUCCGCGUGCAUGAUGAUCUGCUUUUGGCAGCCUGUAAGUACAUGGAGGAUUAA